AUGCCUUGCGAGUCGAAAUGCGAGGGCUGCGCCUGCGGCAGCCAAAGCCAAGGCGUGGUCAACAUCGAAGACCUCGACAAGGAGCUAGAUGCCCUCCGGAAGCGAACGCUGGAGCUGGAGAAAGUCCGCGCAUCAGCCAAGAAGGCCUCAUCGCUAACCGGUGCACUCGGUGCCGGCCGGAAGCUGCGGUCGACCAAUUGGUUCAACUCGGGCGAUGCGGGGAUGACCGCGCUUUAUAUCGAGCGGUAUCUGAACUAUGGCGUUACGAGGGAGGAGCUUAUGGCUGGGAAGCCGAUUAUCGGGAUUGCGCAGACGGGCUCGGAUAUCUCGCCGUGCAAUCGGUACCACAUGGAGCUCGCGAAGCGAGUACGAGAAGGCAUCAGGACUGCAGGCGGUAUCGCCUUUGAGUUUCCUACGCACCCAAUUCAGGAGACGUCAAGACGGCCGACUGCGUGUAUUGACCGGAAUUUGUCAUAUCUUGGACUUGUGGAGAUUCUCCACGGAUAUCCUAUAGAUGGUGUGGUGCUUUUGACCGGGUGCGACAAGACAACACCAGCAUGUCUGAUGGCCGCUGCCACCAUGAACAUUCCCGCCAUUUGCAUGAACGUGGGGCCCAUGAUUAACGGCUACCUAAAGGACCAGCUAGCAGGCUCUGGCAUGGUGGUCUGGACGGGAAGAGAGAUGCACGCCGCGGGCGAACUGAAUGACGAGGGAUUAGUGGAUCUGAUUUCCCGGGGAGCACCAUCAGCAGGACACUGCAACACCAUGGGGACGGCAUCCACAAUGAAUGCACUCGCAGAAGCCCUAGGAAUGGCUUUGCCAGGUUCGGCCGCCAUCCCCGCUCCUUAUCGCGAACGAGCCCAAUGCGCGUAUAAAACCGGUUUACAGAUCGUGGAAAUGGUGCAUUCAGACCGGAAACCAAGUGAUAUUAUGACGCGCGAGGCUUUCGAAAAUGUUAUUGCUGUCAAUACUGCUAUCGGCGGCAGCACAAACGCCCCUAUCCACAUCAACGCCAUUGCAAAGCACAUGGGUGUCGAUAUUUCGCUUGAUGACUGGGACCAACUGGGCUUCAACAUUCCACUUCUGCUGAAUAUGCAGCCAGCGGGAGAAUAUCUGGGCGAGGAAUACUAUAGGGCCGGUGGGCUUCCAGCUAUCAUGGCAGAGCUUCUAGAUGCCGGGAAGUUACACUCGGACAUUCUUACUUGCAACGGACAUACCGUAGCUGAGAACGUGAAAGGUCAACACAGCUGGGACCGCCGGGUCAUCAAACCAUACAACGAACCCCUCAUGAAGGACGCAGGAUUCGUGCAUCUCCAAGGAAGUCUGUUCGAAUCCGCCAUCAUGAAGACGUGCGUCAUAUCAGAGCAGUUCCGGCAGAGUUUCUUGGAGAAUCCAGACGACCCUAAUGCCUUUGAAGGGGCGGUUGUCGUGUUCGACGGACCAGAAGACUACCACAGCCGAUUGGAGGAUGCUCCUAUUGACGACAAGAGUAUUUUGAUAAUGCGCGGGGCUGGUCCAUUAGGUUAUCCUGGCGCGGCCGAAGUUGUCAACAUGCACCCCCCUGGACACCUGCUGCGACAGGGAGUCAAGUCGCUACCAUGCAUAGGAGACGGUCGACAAUCGGGAACUUCCGGGUCACCGUCCAUCCUUAACGCAAGCCCUGAAGCAGCCGCUGGCGGCAACCUUGCACUGCUUCGUGACGGAGAUAGGCUCCGCGUUGACCUCAACAAGCGACGAGUGGAUAUCCUUGUUUCGGAGGAGGAACUAGACAAGAGACGAGCAGCCUUGGAGGCUUCAGGAGGUUACAGUAUCCCAGAGAGCCAGACGCCGUGGCAAGAGCUCUUUAGAAAGGAGACUAGCCAGUUGAACGAAGGUAUGGUGUUGCGGGAGGCGGUAAAGUACCAGCGGCUGGCACAGCGCGAUGAGUCUCUUCGCCAUAACCAUUGA